ACCAGAAACCGAAAAAUGGAGAAGAGAGAAAAGGUGAAGUUGAUAGUAGCGGCGGCCCUCGCAACUCUCUCCGUCUUCUUCCUCUACCGGAGGAGACGCCGAAACUGCCCCCAAACUCACUGUUAUUUACGAGACGACCCGAACAAGCCGCAGCACGGAUUCAAGCGAGUCUUGGCCGACAAUUCCUACUCUCCGUUCAAGCAUUUCAACCCCGCCGACGACUCUAACGUCGGCGGAGCAGAUAAGAAUUGGAAUUCGCAUCCUUACGAGGCGGAGAUCACGGCGGUGAUGGAAAGUCCGCCGAUUGAGCUGAAAUGUGUGACGGAGAAGAAUUUGGAUUCGGAAAUGAGGGAGGAGUAUGUUUGGGUUGAGAAUGAGACUCAGUUGAAGGAAAUGGUUGAGGUUUUGAGUAAAGAGAAGAUCUUUGGGGUUGAUACUGAGCAGCAUAGCUUAAGGUCAUUUUUGGGAUUUACUGCUUUGAUACAGAUUUCGACUGAGAAGGAAGAUUAUUUGCUGGACGCUAUUGCUUUACAUGACAGUAUGAGCCUUUUGCAGCCGGUUUUUGCCGAUGCUAGUAUCUGCAAGGUGUUCCAUGGGGCAGAUAGUGAUGUUCUCUGGCUGCAAAGGGACUUUCAUAUUUAUGUCGUCAAUAUUUUUGAUACUGCAAAGGCUUGUGAAGUGUUGUCAAAACCGCAGAAAUCACUGGCUUAUUUACUUGAAUCUUACUGUGGAGUUGUCACUAACAAAUUGUUUCAGCGUGAAGACUGGAGACAACGCCCUUUGUCAAUGGAAAUGGUGCAAUAUGCUCGGACAGAUGCACACUAUCUCCUUUACAUUGCAGGCCGUUUACUAGCUGAGUUGGAUGUGCUGGAUAAUGAAAACUCUUGUCCCAAUGACAAAUUCCGUUUUGUUCUCGAGGCUAGUCGGCGUUCAAACAUGAUAUGUUUGCAACUGUAUACAAAAGACGUAGAAGCUUCGCCUGGAGAGUCUGCUGCUUCAUCAAUAUUUAGCCGUCAUUUAAAUGGCCAAGGAGGCAUUUCAUCAGCAUCUUAUGAAAUCCAGAAUUCUGUGAGACGACUUUGUGCAUGGAGAGAUUUGAUGGCUCGUGUACAUGAUGAGAGCUUGAGAUAUGUAAUAUCAGAUCAGGCUAUUGUUGCCCUUGCAGAAAAAGCUCCAACUAACCCUGCAGACAUGUUAACCACCAUUGCAGAAGCUGAUGAUAAUGUGGAUUCAAGUUUCAAUUCUGGCCUCUCAUCUCCCUCUCCUGUGGUCUGCAGUCAUUUGAAUGAUUUUUAUUAUCUGCUCCAGAAGAAAGUAGGCAAUCCUGAUGAUCUCUUACCCAUGAUUCUUCAGAACUGCCUGGGUCAAAAAGGGAGUUGCCCACUGUCUGUCUUCAACUAUGCUUUACUGGUUAAUUAUAAUAUGAAAGUACCACUGGUUUCUAAACAAAAUGGGGUCAGAAAUCCAAAGCAAGUCGGUCGAAUGGCUUCGCGAAAGCUGUUUGUUCAAAAAUUUUCCUGCAAAUCCCCAGUUUAUCAUAAUUGCAGGAUCUAUGCAAAUGAUGGGCGUUUGCUGUGUUACUGUGACCGCAGAAAGCUUGAAUGGUAUCUUCAUCGGAAUUUGGCUAAACUUGUUGAGGACAAUCCACCUGGAAUUAUGCUUCUUUUUGAGCCCAAAGGCCGUCCAGAAGAUGAAGGCAAUGAUUUCUACAUUCAAAGUAAGAAAAAUAUGUGUGUUGGCUGCGGUGAAAGAAAUCAUUACUUACGGUACCGAAUUAUUCCCUCAUGCUACAGAAUGCACUUCCCUGAACAUUUGAAAAGCCACCGUUCUCAUGAUAUUGUCCUACUAUGCGUGGACUGUCACGAAAUUGCUCAUGCCGCUGCAGAGAAGUAUAAAAGAAAGAUUGCUGCAGAAUUUGGGAUUCCACUUUUUGUUCGUAAAGUGGUUGAUUCACAACAAGCUCAAUCUUUAUCUGGGGCAUCUGUGCCUGCAACAAAUGUUGAGGAAGCAGGUGUAUCUCCUUUACAGUUGCGAACUGCUGCUAUGGCCCUUUUGCGCCAUGGAUCAACAAUGCCAUCCAAGCGCCGUGAGGAACUGACAGAGAUUGUUAUGACAUUUUAUGGAGGGAGGCAAAUCUCUGAGGAAGAUUUAGAAAAGGCUUUGCUUGUUGGGAUGACUCCUCAUGAGAAAAGACGACUUCAGAAGAAGAAAGGGUUUUCUUUUCAACAUUCUAGAGGGAGUAUUUCUUCAGAUGCAGAGGAGAAAAUUACUGUUAACAUGUCCACAUCUGCCACUCCAGAUGCUUCAGAAGUUGAUACUGUACAUGAAUCUUGCACCAAUGAAGCCAAAGCAUCUAUGAUAAACCAAGAUGAAGAUGUUUUCACAGUGAAGGAUGCUGAUUUAGGCAACUCCGCUUUAGAUUUGAGGAUUGGGGAAAAAGCAUCUCCAAGCAAUGAGAAGAACAUGAGUUCAGAGAUAACCAGAGUGUCCGAUACUACACUUGUUUCUGUUGUAAAUGGUGAUGGUAUUUAUGACCGUAGAAGUACACCAAAUGGAUCAGUAGACUUCCGUUCUACUUCCAAACGUAAUCAUAAAUCAAAACACUCCCUCUUAGGACAUGGUCCACAUGGAAGUCAAGUUGUGGAUCAUCUGUUAAAGGAAUCUGGAGAAGAUGGUAUUAAUCAGUUCUGUCAAAGGUGGAGACAAGUAUUUGUUGAAACUGUUCAUCCCCGUUUUUUACCUGCGGGCUGGGAUAUUACACACAGGGUUUGAUUAUGGGCACUGUUUUUUCCAGUGGUAGGAGGGAUUUUGGAGAAUUUAGCGUCUACAAUCCUACCAAGAAAGCUUCUGCUGUUACUUCAAGUUUUUGAAUCAAUGGUGCAGUUGCAGACGGCAUUGCAUGCUGUUCAUGCUAAUCGUAUUCAAUAGAAAUUCAUUGCUCUUCCUUGUAUCUUAGUGAUUUAUUGUAACUUUUCUUUUCUAUUAGACAAAUAGAAUAGAGUAAUUUUAUUCAUA